AUUCAUUAUUUCUUUGGCAUUUGGUGCAGAUAGUUGGCUAUAAUUUGUGGUUUUUAACUAACACAAUUGUGUAAAAUUUUGCUGUCCAAUGCACGCUCAUUUGUCGACGUUUACCAGGACAUUCGAGUGCUAUUUUCGGACAAAGAUAAAAAUUUAACAUAUUUACAUGUAGGGUUGCUGGUCGUGCAAUGGCGAUGUAACCAAAUGCAAAUUGUUAAGACAAUUUCAAUGAAGAAGUACCUCGACUGAUUUUGUACAAGAAAUAAUUUUACUGUCCUAUGCACGCUCAUUUGCCGACAUUUAUUUGGGUAUUUGAGUGCUAUUUGCGGACAAAGAGAAACAUUUAACAUAUUUACCAUUGGGCAGCUGUCUGUUUAAUUGCGCUUUCCAACUGAAAAUUGUUAAAACAAAUAAAAUGUAGUAAUGAUUAGUGCUUUAAUGCAACUAAUUGGAUAUGCAUUAGCGGCACUAAAGUAGUCUGUUUUGGAUUUAUAUUUGGAAAAAAUGAAUUUGAGAGCAGCCGUAUUCCACGUACAUGUACUAUGUAUGUGGAAAUUUUAUGCCGCUACACCAACACGAAGCUGCAAAUGGUAGUUUAGUAGUUACCGGUAACCGUAAUGUACCAACAGCCAAUUUCCACCACGUGAUUGACCAUAACCUUUUAUGUAAUGUACUCGGCCCUUUUUAUUAAUUUAAAAUAUUGAGCUACAUGGGCGCAGAAAUAGCACAUCGGUAUGGCCGGAAUAUAAUUUCUCCGAAAGUAUUAAAAUUGUAGCAAAAGCAGAAUAUGCUGUAUACAUAAGUAUGUAUGUAUGUACAUACAUCUACAUAAGUUCUUACCACAUUUUUGUUAAACUAGAAUUCAAAUUCAUACAUGAAAUAAAAUUUAUAUCUACUUUGUAAAUUAAGUUAAAUAUUCAGCACACAUACAUAUUCUCGCACUGGACUAUCGCGUGCAUUCAAAUGUAGAAUCAUUGUCGAGUAGAUACUUCAGCUUAUUGUACACCGACAUAUGCUUAUAUGUACGUACAUACAUACAUAUACAAUAUAUUUUUUCUAACAAAAAUCCACAUAUUCAGGCAUACGUAGCUCACGUGCGGAAACAUGCGCCUUGUGUGUACAUACAUACAUAUACCCAUACACGUGCAUAUGCAUCUCUGCUGCCUUGCCCUAACACAAUCCAUGCACAUUUCCUUAUGAUAUAUUAAACAACGUUUGGCUUAAGUUGAAACAAAAUAAGACCAUUGCCUAUGGACCAUUUUUGUCAGUUUUCAUGGCAGUCGCGUGGACACUACCAGAACAUUGAUUUAAAUCCGGUCGAGGACACACUACAAUAACAUCCCUCAAAGUAGUUGAAGAGUAUUUUAUGCUGUUAUAACAACAACCAUUCUUGACGUGAUCCAUGUAUGUACAUAUGUAUGUAAGUGAGCUCUACUGCCUCGCGACUGUAUGUAGUAUUGUUCCGCAAAAUGUUAAUAUGAGAGGAUCAAAGCACGUUUCGAACUAAAUAAUGAUAUAUGAAAUUAAAAAAAGGCCCAAAAACUUGGUGAGAUGAUCAAAGCAAGUUUCGAACUAAAUAAUGGUAAAAAAAAAUGAAAAAACCAAGAAUAUUUUACUUGAUGAGAUGAUCAGAGCAAUUUUCGAACUAAAUAAUCGUGAAAGAAAUUUAAAAAAUACUCCCUUCUUUUACUUGAUGAGAUGAUCAAAUCAAAUUUCGUACUAAAUAAUGAAGAAAGAAAUUAAAAAAACCAAGUAUAUUUUACCAUGAAUUGUACACUUCCUUUCGACGCUCACUGUAUGGACAUAUACAUAUAUACUUGCUUUGCAGUCAUCAACACUUUUGUUAACACAAUGGAAUAUGCCAUUCAAAAGGGCGCUGUAAAAUGCUCUUCGUAGAAUAUUGAUUGUUCGUUAGAGUGGAAUCAUAAAACCAACCAUUAACUGACCCACGCAGUGCAACGGUCGUAGGUAGAAUUGCCAUUAGACGAAUCAUUUCACCCACAUUUACAAUGCGAUCACGCACAAGGCCAUCAGUUAAAAGCAAAUAAAAAAAGGCAGGUAGAUAGAUGUGGAACAUUUUCAAAUGCUUGCUACAUAUUUGUUUUGAGCACAUACACCAGCUCAAAAUUCGGUAGAAUCCAUGUUUUGUGCAUUUGUGCAACGAGUUGCAAGUAGAAUUUCUUCGUUUUGAAAUGAUUCAGUUUAUGAGGUUGGCUAGUAGUAAGCAGGCAAGUGAAUUGGACAGGGCAUGCGACUGGGAAACUGUUAAAAAAAAAUUUAUAUAUUUUUAAUGCUUGCAUGGUUUCAAUAGAAUCUAUGAACAUGGAUUAUAGAAUCAUUUGCUGGUUGAUUAUCAUGAAGUUUGCCUUCGCACAUCAGGAUUUAUCACCAUCGGCGAAGCGUCAAGAAGCGCUUUAUAUCCAUUCAUUGCUUUACUAUCCAGCGCAUCAGCACUUAAGGGCACAGAAAGCGGCAACGAGCAAGCCGAAUAGCAGCAUCACGGAAUUGCCAACGAGUGUAACGUCUACGAAUAGCACGACCACACCACCGAUAAGCAGUUUCCACGUAGUUUCCAACAACAAACAUAACUCCAACAAGGCCUAUGAUUCCAACAAGCAAGCCAACGAAAACAUCACAUCGAAUCUAACGGUACAUGCGCUUGAAGUUUCUACGGACAACACAAAAUACACACCUGUUGAGUUUCCACAUGAGUUGCUAGAGAUUGCGCGCUCAAAGCUGGGCCUCAAGACACUCGAUGAAGUGCCUAGCAUAAGUGAGUUGGCUGAAUUUCUCGGGACUGUUAAUACAGAGGAAACCCUCAAAUAUAUACGCCGGUUGACGAGCACAGAGGACGGUGUCACGCUGAUAAAAAAAUACCUCGAGUCGGCAGACUUCACCAAUCGCACCGAGGAAACACGUCGACGCCAGCAACAACCGGAAACGAACGUAAAACUGGCGGUUGUAGAGUCCAAAAAAGCGAAAAGCAAUCUGCUGCAGCGUGUGGCUGCAUAUUUUCACAUUUACAACCUUUGGCCCCAGAGAGAUGGAGAAACUGAUGAAGCUGACAUACGCAAGCAGGUGCAACAACAGCUAACUAAGUAUAUUAAACCACAAUUGGAGUAUAGAAAACGUAUGCAAGUGACAGCCGCUCAUAAAGCAGGUAGUUACGCUGCAGCUACACCGCAUCAAAUACCGUUACUAGUGCGCAAUCCGUUGCCCUAUCACUAUCCCAUACCCUUGCGUCCCCUUCUGAGCGCGCGUCUGCCACAAAAUAAUAAUGACGCAGACAAUACACUGCUACAGCCAGCCGCCUUCUCACCAGUCCAUUUGAAUACGCCAAAAUUCUAUGUGCCGUCGCAUAUACAACUAGCGCGCGCUACCAAUAUACCACCACAACAAUUGCAAACGCUGCUGCAAAGCAAACCCAAGCUUGCUGAAUUGGCCGCCAAGGUGAGCCAUUUACCGCUGACCAACGAUCGCUCGGCACUCAUUGAUGCACAGCUGCUGGCGGCGGUGAAACGUGCUGUGGAGCAGGAUGAUGACUUGCGCAAACUGCUACAGACAACCGCAGAAACACUUAAGUAGUAGGAGUAAGAUGAGAGUUAAUUUUUAUACAAUAUUUUAGUAUUAAUGAAAACUGCCUUGAAAUAAAUAAGAAAAUAAAAAUUUUAAA